UACCUCCUAGAUUAGUUGUAUGUGUAGGGUUGAUAUUUACAUGUUUAAGUUGAUGGUGUAUGUCUAGUUUUUGAAUUCAGUUUGAAAUCUUUUGUAGAAACGUGGAUCAACUGAGAUUUUUAUAUUGGUUAGAGUUUUUUUUAUCUAGAAAUGCAUAUAAUUGGUAAUUGGAGAAAAACUAAUGACAUUAUUAUUAGAAUUGGAGCAAUUGUUUUGAUUAAUGGAGUUGAACAGUGAAUCUCUUUGAGAGAAAACUCUGUUUCCAAGAAUCUUCCAGAGAAAUCUCUGUUUCUAAGAAAUUUGUCGAAUUGCAAUAAUAUAAAUUAUUUUGUCCCUUCAAAUCAUCUUCUAUGUAAAAGCACUCUCAGUACGUGCCACUAUUUUGAUAAAUCUGUUGAAGAUAACAUGAAAAAUUCAAAAGAAAUCAUUUAUAGUACAUUUAAUAACAUAUCAAAAACUCACUGUAACUAUUGUCGAUGAUCUUGCAAAAGCGUUUCUUUGAACAUUAAUUAUAAAAUUAAAUAACUAAAAUAAACAAAUAAGAAUUUAAUGUUCCUGAAGAUAAAUGCAUUGAUCUGGUUAAUAAGUGGUUUACUAUUAUUCCCGUUUUUGUAUGUAUGGAUGUGUUAGAAAAUCCUACAAUGAAACUUCAAUAAGAUGCUUCAUUUAUUUGAAUUUAUUUUUCUAUUUUUCAAAAUAAAUUAUGAACGUUUAAGAAAAUUUUGGAGCAAUUUUUUCAAUAAUUCUUGUGGGUUCCUGUGUAUGGUGCCUUGUAUUAUUAUAACCCAGGAAAAGUAGUUUUACUGUAAAACACAUUUCAAAUUGAAAAUUAAAAAUUCAUAUGAAAAUUUUCUUUUUUGGGGAAAUAAAUAACAUUAGAAUUAGAGCAGUUAAAAUACAUGGACUACAUAGUUUCCAUCAACAGGGUUUGUAUGACUUGGUCUUUAGCAGCAAAACAAUGAAUAUUUUGCUUGCAGUUUUCUAGUAAAUGACAACUUUCAGAUAAAACUUUGUAGAAACUAAACCCAUUUUCCUCAAAAACUAGUUUCGUAAGAACCGAAAGAAAUUGUUAAGAAAAUCUAAAAGUCUUGAGCCAAAAAUCACAUUUAUUUUUUUGGCGAUUUCCACCAAUAUUUUCGUACUCAUUUACUUUUAUCAAGUUAUAUUUUGACUUAUAGGACACCAAGUUUUUAUAAAAUGAAAUACCAUAACAAUAAAACAAACUGACUGUGCUAUCAAAACAAAAUACAAAAUUUAUAUUUUUUAUUUUGCAAUAAUCCUCCAAAAAUGACUUUUUAAAUCAUGGUUCGGUGAAAAUAUUACAUUUUGUUCAAGAUUCAAACUUUUUUCUAUAAUUUUAACAGAACACUCCUAUAACAAACGAUUUCAAAUUGAAUUUGUACAAUUUCUUCGCAGAUAUAUUUUCAGGAAAAGUACAGGGAAUGGAAAGCCAAAAUGUUUGAAUUUCCACCUGUGUUCAUUAAUAACUAGUCUUAAAUUUGAAUAUUGAAUACUUUGAGCGAGAAUUAGAUAGAAACUGUAUUUUUUAUCUGUAAUUUCAACGUUUGAGCAAUAGAUCUUGGGUAUGUUCUGUCUUUCUGCCAAAUCAGAAACAGUAGAUUUGUCCUACAUCAAUCAAAAAUGUUAAAUGUGCUUUUCAUUCCCCGGACCAUUGUUGAAACAUUCAUACACCUCAACCAGGACCAACAAAUUUGUCAGGCCUAACAAAUUUUGUAGGCAGUUUUGAGAAGUGUUAUGUUUUUAGAUGCCCCCUUUACCAACCCCGAUCCCUUCAUUGCAAUGUUAUUUUACACACCUUUUUCUCCACAGCGAGAGCCGAGCUGAAGUCCUCAUAAAAUAUAAUUAUGCGACUUGUGUGCUCCGACAAAGGAAAAUCAUUCGCGUUUUUUAAAUCGAAAAGUUAAAUGAUAUGCAAAUACACAAAUAUGUGGAAUUUUAUCUGUUUUCCGUUGAUAAAAGGCCGUGCGCGCAAUGCACGAGCUCUCGCGUUCAUUGUUUAGGGUAAUUCAAAACAGGUUUAGACUUAAGUACCAUCCGGAGGAAGCGGUGAAUAGAAAAGCCGAGCAAAAGGCAGCCCUGAAGAGGAGGGUGGAAGUGUUUCUAGACUUGCUAAAGGCAGGAAAGAUAGACGGCGUUACGGUAGAUUGCGCCAAAACCAACGAGCUACUCAAGUUGUUAGAUACUGUCGUUAUCAAGUUGGAAGGGGGAACAGAUGAAGAUCUCGCGUUACUCGAACAAGAGUAUGAAGAAAUGGAACAAAAAUAUAGAGAACUCAAAACCAAAGAUGCUGACAGCGACAAACCCAAGGAGAUCAAAGAUGGCGAAACCAUUGUUUUGAAAGAGGAACCUGGUACAAACAAUAAAGAAGCUGAAAAGGCAAAUGGCAACACUAAAGAUAAAGAUAGGGGUGAGAAAGAGGAUGACACAGAGAAGGAAGAUAAAGACGAUAAAGAAAAAAGUGAGAAUGAUAAAGAUGACAAAGAGGAAGACGGAGAGGUGGACAUGGACUCUGAGCCAAACGAAGAAAGUGAAAAAAAAGAUAAUGAGAAGGCUAUAAGUGAAGAGAGUAAGAAGGAGAAAGAUAAUGAAAGUGGAGAAAAGAAGGAUGAUACAUCUGCAGACGAUAGAAUGAUUGAGGGCGAAACGAAAGAUGAGGAAAAGGAAGAGAAGAAAGUUGAGGAGGGAGAAGAGGAAAAAGAUGAAGAAGGCGAUGAUAAAACAGAAAAGAUGGAUAUUGUGGAAGAGGCAAAAAAGCCCGAAGAAGAACCCAAACAGAAAAAGAGGGAGAAGAAGCGCAAAAGAUCUUACUCUGGAAGUAGCAGUGGUUCUUCCAGCAGUAGUAGCGACAGUGAAAAUGAAGAUAAUAAAGGGGAGAAAGAGGAGAAGGAAAAAGAAAUCGAAAAAGAGGGAGAAGGAGAGAAAAAGAAGGAAGACGAUAUUCAUUCUGUUGAUGAUGACAGUAACAAGCCCGAGAAACCUAAAUCUCUUCACAAAACCACUUCGAUAUUUUUGAGGAAUCUGGCCCCAACUAUUACGAGACAAGAAAUUGAGGCUAUGUGCUCUAGGUACGAGGGCUUUCUCCGCGUGGCAUUGGCCGAUCCUCAACCAGAAAGGAGAUGGCUGCGCCGUGGGUGGGUCACUUUCAAACGGGAGGUGAACAUCAAAGAGAUCUGUUGGAAUCUGAACAACAUAAGGCUGAGGGAGUGUGAACUGGGGGCCAUCGUCAACAGAGAUCUGAGUAGACGCAUCAGACCGAUAAACGGCAUUACGGCUCACAAGCAAGUCGUUCGCUCCGACAUUAGGAUAUCGGCCAGGGUUGCUUUGAACUUGGACAAUAAAGCCGGUUUAUGGCUUGACGCUGAAGAUAAGGAGAAACCUCAACCGACCUUUGGAUUGGUCUCCAACAACCCAGUCCUCCACAACAUUACCGAUUACUUAAUCGAAGAAGCCAGCGCGGAAGAAGAAGAGCUGCUAGGCCUUGAACCUACUUCAGAAUCGCAAGAUGUAACUUCCACAGUAGAAAGAGACGAAACUUUGAUUUCUGUCUUGGAUCGCAUUAUUCUCUAUUUGAGGAUUGUUCAUUCCGUUGAUUACUACAACCACUGCGACUACCCCAAUGAGGAUGAGAUGCCAAACAGGUGCGGUAUAUUGCACGCGAGGGGGCCCCCACCAACGUCAAAGACUGACAUGACACAAUUUAUCGGGGCUCCAAUCGAGACCAAAAUGGUGGCCUUCUUACCAGAGAAGCCGAAAGAAGAAAAAGACAAGAAUGAAUCCAAGCUUGUAGGCUUGGCUUUGAAAGACGUUGACACGGAGAUUGACAAGUUUGUGCAGGCCAAUACAAGAGAAUUGGCCAAAGAUAAAUGGUUGUGUCCGUUGUCUGGGAAGAAGUUUAAAGGCCCAGACUUUGUCCGGAAACAUAUAUUCAAUAAGCAUGCGGAAAAGAUUGAAGAGGUGAGGAAGGAAGUCGAGUUCUUUAACAAUUACCUCAGGGAUCCGAAAAGACCUAUGCUGGCGGAAGCACCGCAGACGAAAAGAGAUGACGCUCCUAGCUAUGGUGGUGGUCACAGCUUUGGUGGUGGCGGUUAUGGUGGUCCUGGAUACGGAAGGCCUCCUCCAUACUUCAACCAAGGCUUUCCCCAAAGGUCAAGGGGCUACCAGCCACGAACUAGGGGAGCACCUGGAGAUUUCAGGCCUGUAAUUCACUACAGGGAUUUAGACGCACCAAGAGAACCAGAAGAGUUCAUCUAAUAAUUAGGUCUAACUAUUUGUGUGGUGACAGUUUUUAAUGAACCCGUUAAUUUUUAUAGUGUGCUUUAUUUGUGAAGUAUAAACGUAAGAAUAUUUGUUUGCAAAUAUGCGAAAUAAAUCACUUUGACGAAAUAUAAA